CCGCGGGGGCGGGGACGGGUGGCCCCGGGGCGGUCCCGACCGCGGGCUCCGCCGGGCGAUGGAGCUGAGCGAGCUGGUGCGGGCCCUGCGGCUGUCGGAGGCGCCCGGCGCGGUGGCGGAGCUGGGCGCGCUGGUCCGGGCCGCAGACGGCCGGCGGCUGCUCGGGGCCGCGAGCCCCGCGGCGCUGGGCGAGCUGGCGGCAGCGCUGAGCGGCCACGCGGCUCCCCCCUCGCGGGACCAGCACGCUGCGGGUCUCCCCGGGCAGGACGGCGCGGCCGCGGCCCGGCGGGCGGCACAGGCCGGCGCCGUGCUUCUGAGUCUCCUCGCAACGCUGGAAGCCGCCGAGACCGAGGAGUCGCUGGGCGCUGCUGCGGUGGGUCCCGUCCUGCGCUGCGUGGCGGGGCACGUCUGCAUCUUCGCUGCAACGCACAUCGCGGAGAGGCCCUGGACGGAUGCGGAGUCUCGGUCGGUGGCCCGGGACGUGCUGGCGAAGCUGCUGCAGGUCACAGGCUGCGGGUCGGUGGCUGAGUUCCUUCGGGGAAAGAACGAAGACGAAGAAGGGAGAUUUGCAGCAGUGAUGGGGCUGCUGCAGCAGGAGCUGACCAAAGACACCUGGAAGCGUAACCCCGCCACAAAGUCCGUGUUCUGCUGGUUGCUGCCCCAGGUCACCCGGCCCUGGCUCAGCUGCCACCUGGAGCGUGUCCUCCCCCCGUCGCUGCUGCUCUCAGACGACUACCAGGAGGAGAACAAACUCCUGGGUGUGCGCUGCCUGCAUCACAUCAUCCUCAACGUGCCAGCUGCUGAUCUGUGCCAGUUCAACAGGGCUCAGGUGGUGUACCAUGCCCUCUACAACCACCUGUAUUCUCGAGAGGCCCCUCUUAUCCAGGCAGUACUGCUGUGCCUGCUAGACCUGCUGCCCAUCCUGGAGAGAGCCCAGCGGCACCAGAAGCCGCCCAGAGCACCCACCGCAUCGGACGAGGUGCUGCAGCUGGUGCUGACCCACAUGGAAGCUGAGCAUCGCCUGGCGCUGCGGCGGGUGUACGCCCGGGCCCUGCCUGCUCUCCUGCAGAGGCUGGGCAUCCUCAUGGUGCGGCACCUGAAGAGGCUGGAGAGAGUGAUCCUGGGCUACCUGGAAGUCAGUGACGGCCCUGAGGAAGAAGCCAGACUGGGAAUAUUGGAGACACUGCAGUGCACCAUAGAGCACGCCUGGCCCAGAAUGCCGUGCAGGCUCGCUGUGCUGCUCCAAGCCCUGCUGAAGAUGAUGUGGGAUGUCCACACUGAGCACGGCCCGACACCAGAGCCCGUGAAAGCUGCUCUGCUCCAGGGGGCCACCGAGUGCCUCAUCCUGCUGGACCGCUGCUCCCAAGGGCAAGUGAAGGUCCUGCUGGAAGGAGUCUACAGCAGCUGUGAGGAGAACCGUGUAAGGGAAUGCAUCAGAAGGGUGCAGGAGAGCACGUGAGCUGUGGCUGACCAACAUCCACGCUGCUGUUUGUACAGUAAACUGGGUUUAUUUAUUUAAAA